AGUUUCAGUGAACAGCUGAAGUAUCAAGACCAAGGAAUUAGGAAAAGAUUGAACCUUCAAAAUAAAAACUGCAUUAAAGAUACAAGAACAACUGCAGAUAAUGUUCCAAGGUUGUCGAGCCUCAAAUAGCCUCUGACAACCAAGUCCAACUCCUGGCCUCGUGUGGCUUAGCCGCUAAGCCCGGCGAAACUGUUUCUACUGACAGGAGGAGGGGUGAAGGUGGGUCCUGGUGCCUUAAAACCAGUGUUUUGGGUAGAUGGUGCUCGUCAGCCUGGGAAGGCAGUCCAUCUAAGACGGGGGUCGGCAACCUGCGGCUCCCGAGCCAUUUGUGGCUCUUUCACCUCUGUGCUGCGGCUCCCUGUGGCUUUGGGAAAUAAUUGGUCAGUAUUUAAUUAAAAUGUAUUUUAUGUUAGUUUGUUAGCUUUUGAAAUGUAAUUAUGGUGAUCUUGUACAACCUAAGUGUAGCGACACAUUUCCUGCCACAUCCGAAACGGCUCACAAUUAGCCAGCAUUCCGGCUAAGGGAGAUAGCCUACGGGGGUUUGUGAGUACGCGUCUUUUGCAGCAUCUGCGUCCAUGGGGGCUGGGUUGAGGGAGGCUUAAAAGCAAGGCUGUUUAGUUCGAAUAAAGCUAUCUUUGACUGCAGUUUACUGACACCGCUACAACGUGUUUUUAUCGCUGGCUGUCCAGACGGAAGGUGCUGAAACGCUUUGUCGCGUGUCUGGAAGAAGUGAAAACUUUCCUGGGCAGCAAAGGGCUCACCUUUCCUGAGCUGGAACAGCCAGAGUGGCUGGAAAAGCUACACUUCAUGGUAGACAUGACAGCGCACCUGAACACGCUGAACACAGCUCUUCAGGGGAAAGGACGUACAGCCCUGCACAUGUUGGAGGAUGUUUUGGCAUUCGAGCGCAAGUUGACAGUGCUUGCCAGAGAUUUACAGAAAGGCACUUUGUCUCACUUCCCCAAUUUGAGAGAGUUCAAACAAGGUCACGACAUGAUAAUUUCGGAGUAUUUACAUUCUGCAAUCAUCGCAAUGCAAACAUCGUUUGGGAAACGCUUCUGUGAGUUCAGAGAGGAAAAAAACACAUUAUCCUUCCCGGUCACUCCCUUAAGCAUCGAUCCUUCCCUACUGAAUACGACUGCAUUGGCAGGUGAGAGUCAACCUGAUCUUGAGAUGGAACUGGCCGACAUAGCCGACAAAGACAUAUGGGUGUCCAAGUUUAGACGCUUGACAGCAGACCUUGAAGAUGUUGCCCGUCAGAAGGCCGUUCUUGCUCAGAAACACAAAUGGAGUGAUAUUGAAAACCUCACAGAUGACAGCUUGCGAUCCUGUGUAAAGAUGAAGGUGACAUCAUACAGCCCUGAUGUGCAGACGCUGUGCGCUGAGGUCCAGGAGCAGAAAUCCCAUUAACCAAGUAUGAUAAAUAUUUUAAUUGCCUAUUAUUUUACUUAUAUUCAUAUUUUUUCAUUGUUCAGUGAAAUAGUCCUUUCAUUUUUCAGGAUGACAGCUGGCUGACGUUAUUUUUGGUUUGCUGCUGGCGGAAAAUUUAAGUUCGGCGUUUUUCAUAAAUACAAGAAGGACUCAAAUAGACAUUGAAUAUUUUACUUAAAAGUAACUUUCAACCCAACGUCUUUUUUUCGGAGUUCAAAAUGUUUUUGUUGCAUGCAGAAAUGUAAUUUCGUUUUCUCUGCAGGAGUUCAUCAAUUUCAUAAAUGCAACACAUUAUAGUUUGUUUAUACAUAGCAUAAAGGCAAAAAAAACGUUGUAUGCAGUGUUAUUUCAUUUUAAAUGUCAAACGGGUUUUGCGGCUCCCAGUGUUUUCUUUUCUGUGGGAAACGGGUCCAAGUGGCUCUUUCAGUGGUAAAGGUUGCUGACCCCUGAUCUAAGAGAAGGAAAACUCUGAUUUCAAACCUCCGCUGCCUUGCGGCCAUACCCACUCAUGGGAAAGGCUUCGGGAGUAAACCCUGAGGACAAAUCCGGAGCUGGAGUCCCUAAGGCAGACCGACGUUGCCUUCAACCUCAUUCUGGCAACUCCCGUGACAUCACUGGUGCCAAGUUGUAUCGGCCCCUGCCCUUCCCUUGGACAACAUCGGUGGCGUGGAGAGGGAAGACUUCCUGCUUGGGCAACUGCUGGUCUUCCAUACAACCUUGCCUAGGCCUGCGCCCUGGAGAGGACACUGCUCAGCAGGCACAGAUCCAUGGUCUUGCGAGACUAACGGAUUCCAUUAUCAGUUCCUAAUAGUAAUCGAAGGAGGAAUUCAUCCAGUAUACACUACUGUAUUCUUUUGAUUGAUGGUAAGUGAACAAAAUCUACGCAGACAUUUAGUGCAGAUAAUGGACUGCCUUCAUACAAUGCUAUUGAUGAUUGAAUCCUCCAAAACUGCAUUUUCAUUGUAACAUUCAAGAUGAUAGUCAAUUCCUUCAAAUUCUUAGUAAUUUCUAACUUGUUGAAGUAGUGAAAUUAUUUCAUUUUCACUCCCAGCUGUUUCUGGCGUAUCCAAGCCUGAAUGCUUAAAACUCGCAGUGAGGAAAACAGUUCUAAAUUGUUUUAAUGCUUCUCACCAACUAUCAGUACAAAAAUCAUCACUUUCUGAACACAAACUCAAGCAGCUGAUGCUAUUUAAAAACGGUUCGCUCUAAGCAUAGUCCAAUAGCCAUACCAGUGCACGUGAU